AUGUCGAAUGCCUCGGCAAGGAGUAGCAAGGAGAGCAGAACGGAAUCGGUCGCGAGAAGCUGGACGCCUAAGCCCGUUCUAGAUCCAGAAAUAACGAAAGAUCUUCCCUUGAUCGACGCCUACGUGGGCAUUCUGAAGGAGAAGAAGGACAUAUCCAAGGCGAUCAAAGCCAUAUCGAUCGUUUUGCCGGGUUUCGAUCACUUGAAACGUUGCUCGUCCAACAAGAUCCUCCUGGCACCCGUGAAAUCUUUCGAUACGAACGACGACGUGCCGGUCCAGGAACGACUAAAGAUCUUUCUCAAGGAGAAAUCUUUCGAUCUCGCUCUCUUGGAAGACGAUUUGCGCGUCGUCAAGGUUCCAGGAAGAAACGCGAGGUCGAAGGCGCAGGCGGCUCGUGCCUCGAAGGUUUGGCCGUUGAGGUUUCAUCCCGAUCCUUUCCUCGAGGCGAUCGUCGACGGGUCGAUUUUCAACGAGGAUCAACUACGAGGAAUCGACAAGUACAUGACGGUCGCCGUAACAGCGGCUAAAUUGGAGGCUGUCGGCGAUUCCGAUUGCAACGGCAGCGCCGUCGUCGUCGAUCCCGAGGACGGCGGUAAGGUCCUCGCGAUCGCCGCUUCGAAAAUGGACCGACAUCCGAUGUGGCACGCGUCCAUGUUGGCCGUCGACCUGGUCGCCGAAUUACACGGCGGGGGUGCUUGGAACUUGUGCGAGGAAGGAGGUGUCGGGCCCUCUCGAGUCGGCGACCGGAACUUCGAAGGAAGAAUGAAAACUAUCAAAAGAAAAUACGAGGAGGAGGCGCCGCUUUGUUAUCCGAGGACGUUGUCCAAGAUAGAAAUUCCCUCGGUGGGAUCCCUCGAAGCUAAAUGGAAAUUACAAGGUCGGCGAAAUAACGCUCCUAAAAGAGCCGACGCCAUCGCGGAGCCAAGUACGGGCGAGAAGUGUGGUCCGUACUUGUGUACCGGCUGUUGGGUCUUCUUGCUGAAGGAACCGUGUCCGAUGUGCGCCAUGGCCCUCCUUCAUUCGAGAGCGGCGAGAAUAUUUUACGGCGCGUCGAACGCGAGGACCGGUGUCCUAGGAUCCAAUGGGAUCUUGCACGCGGUUCCGGGACUGAAUCAUCGUUAUCGCGUUUGGAGUGGAAUAUUGGAAGGAAUCUGCGAGGAGGUCUCCAACGAAAUUCAACGAAGGAACGUCGAGCCCGUGGAUUGA